UCGAAAGCAACAGAGUCGGUCAAAAUUACCCCUCAAAAUAUUGUGAACAGCGACAUAGUGGCGUCAAUACAUACAUUGGCAACAGCUCUCCAUUUGAGCGGGAAUGGUUUGUGUGUGUAUGUAUGUUUGCGUGUGCGUUGGUGUUAUCGCACAAGUCUCUCUCGCAAAUCCAAUCCACCAGAUGAUGGAAAAACUUUUUCCACACUCACACAACGGCCAAACGCGACAGUGUAUGCUUGCUAUUAUCAUUGUCCUUAGUCAUAGCCCAUCGAUGUGUGCGUGAAAUUUGCAAAACACAAGUGCUUGGCAAUCGCCGUGCGAAGAAACUUUGUUCGUUCUGUUCUCAGACAGCCAUCGCUGUGCAAACAGUUAAAAUCGUGCAGAUUCUGUUCACGCGCGUAUUCAUUCAACCAAAUUUCUUUCGGUUUUUUCAUUUCGGUCUAAUUUUUUUAUUCUUCAUUUUUAAAUUUGCAAAGCGAACAAAUUUCGACUUAAGAUUGUGAUAAAAAAAAGUUAAAAGAUAAAAGUGAAUUGGCCGAUUAAUUGGAAGCGACAGAGAAAAUGUGAUUAUUUUUUUCGUCUUUGCCCAACGACGACGACGACAAAAGACUCACUUGGAAUCAUCGAGAAUCCACUUUGGCUUGUAUAUUAAGUCGACAAGCGUCGAAAAUGGCACCGGACAAUUGAUGGCAGAAAAUUUUACUUAGUAAAGGCCAUAAAUAAAGUGGUUUGUUUGGGCCACCGCCGCAAACAACACGGAAACUAUAUUAAAAUAAUGAAUAAUCACAGCAUUAAUAUUGGACAACAACACGGGCAACGAUAUUUCGAAUGAGGAGAGAGGAAAAAAAAUGCAUCCGACCAAAAUGAUGGUAUCGAUACAAUGUACGAAAAAGCGACUACAAUUGUGCUUAAAAGUUUUGCUCAUUGUGUCAGUCAUUGGGAUUUAUUUCAUUGUACUGUUACGUGAAUCGUUCGCCGCAUGGGAAUCAUCAUCUUUGUCAACGGUUUCAAUGACAUCCGCCGCCGCUGUAAAAAAUGGCAUCAAUGGAAACGGAAACCAUUUGGGCGAUGAGAAACAGCAACAGCAUCGGCAACGUUUGCCAUCGUACAAACGGUUCAACUAUCAUAAAUUUGGAGCUGGGGGAGUUUUAAAUAAAUCAAUAAAUCGUGCUGGUGUGAUGGGAAAAGCGACGCAAUAUUCACCAGCACUCCCAAUUCCAUCCAGCACAACGACUGUCAAUCCAAUUUAUGAGUAUGGCGAGGAAAAAGUGGCGGUUGCCGAACGGGCAUUCCAACAAAGGCGAGAUCAUUUGUGGAAAACUUGCACCAAAUAUGAUAUGGUUGACCGAUAUCCGCCAAAUGCAUGGGAAUUUUUCAUUUCAUCUGGCCACGGUAUUGCAUGGUGUAAUGUUUUUAAAGCGGCCAGCUCAACAUGGAUGUACUAUUUUAAUAUAUUAGGCGGAUAUGAUGUUCAAUUUUUGCAACGCACCAAAGCAUCACCACUCGAAUUGGCACGCAAACGUUUUCCACGACCAUCUGACACCGAACUAAACGAAGCACUCUUCAACUCAUUGUCAUUUCUUAUAGUACGUGAACCGUUCGAACGACUUUUAUCCGGCUAUCGCAACAAAUUGGAAAGUCGUCGCAACAAGUACUACAAACUAUUGGGCGAUCACAUCAUUAAAGACUUUCGCAAGGGAAAUAAACGGAAACCGCCUGGACCAACAUUCAAAGAAUUUAUUUUAUUUUUAAUCGAUAACUAUAAGAAGGGAGAACGUUUCGAUGAGCAUUGGACGCCCAUCUAUUCAUUUUGUACGCCAUGCAGUAUUAAUUACACUCUAAUUGCCAAAGUUGAAACAUUCCAACGUGAUACUGAAUACAUUAUUCGGCAAAGUGGUCUCGAGACGCUACUUUUGAAUAAAAUGCCAGCCGGCAAAAAAAUUCGCUCAAUCUCUAACGAAUCGACGCAUCAAACGGCAAAACUUAUUAACAAAUAUUUUUCGAAGCUCGACGACGUCAUUCUAACGGACUUAUUGAAAAUAUACGGGGCCGAUUUUGAUUUGUUCGGGUAUAACAGUACAAAGUAUUUUGAUAUAGUGAAAAAAUCGAGUAAACCACCAACAACAAAAACACCAAAUGUUACAACUGUAGCAACAGCAAAAGCAACAGCAAUAACAAUCACCACCGUGUAGUGAAGAAGAAGAGAGAAGAAAAACGGCCAACUAACUAACCAACCGAAACAAAAACUAAGAGAAAAUUGGUAGAAACGCGAUUAAAAAGCCGAAAGCCCACUAAAUUAUUAAGAUCGUUUGCAACGGACCUCUAUACAUAACAACAACAACAAAAAACAAACUAUUUAUAAAUUAUUUGUGAAUUUAGAACGUAUUUUUCUACAAGCCAAAGAAAGUGAAAAAAAAAAUCAUCUACGAGAAUCUCAUUUCGGCUCAUUCAGGCCAUUUUGUUCGAUUCAUUCAUUGAAAACGAAAAUUUAUUGUAUUUUAAACAAACUAGUUCGAGUGUAUUGUGAGUAUGGAUGUCAUUGACAGAACACUCAACUUUUUUGCAUUUAUUUUUCACUCUUAAUUCGCUCGUUUUCCUGAUUCAUGUUUAUUGAUAUGACUCAUAUAACUCAUAUACACAUACAUAUACUAUACAUAUAUGAAAUCGUUAGAGUAAAAAACACAUAUUUUUCACAAGUAAUUAGAUAGAAGUGCACGAAUUAUAUGUAUAUUGAAGAGAACAGGUGAAUGUAGUGAAUAGAAUCUAUUUCCUAAUUACGAAAACUUUACAACAACAACAGCGAACUAAAAAAAAAGGAAAAAACAACAUCAAACAACCAUUACCAAAGACAAUGAGGCUGCAGUUCACUUGGGUGAAUUCAGAAUUCACUGGCAGAAUUUUUUUUCUCUAAAGUUAUGAUGUAGUUAGCACGAAGUUCGUAAAAUGUAUUUUUUCUUGUCGGAGUAACGGGACAGCAAAGAAGGAAAGAAAAAAUGAAGAGAAAAAUUGGAAGAACAAUGGAAAAAGAAAGAAAAAAAAAAACAAAAUUGUGAUGCAUGUAAAUUUAAAUACGUUUCUGGCAGAGUUAACACGCAAAAUUUAUUGGACUACUUAUAGCCAAAAUUUGAACGAUUUCUUUUCUAUUUCGAACGCGCCAGUACUGUUGUUGUUGCUGCCGCAGAGAUUUCGACUAUGUAAUAUCUACUCAAUUGAAAAGUCCAAAUAUUUCUACAUUACUUUGAAGUACACGCGGGGAGACUCGAUUGAAGCGAACCAAAGGAAGAAUUGCUCUGGAAUGUCUCGAAAUGGAAUUUCGAUUUUUGAGGACAAAGCAACAUCCACACAUGCCGAGCGGACAGAAUGGGCAAAAAUAGCGGGAAAAAAGAAGAAAGAAGACAAUCGAAACUCGAAAGAGAAAAAAAAAGAAAUCAUCAUGAUGGAUAAAGGAACUGAAAAACGCUUUUGAAUAUUUCAUGAAUUAUUUUGGCUUUGGUCCAAAAUCGAUCCACAUACACACCAUGCAAUUGUCAUUGUCGUCGUUGUUGUCGUUAUCCCGCGCGCGCGAUAGAGAGACACAUACUCGUGAAAUUAAGUUCGCCUUUUUGGAAUUUUUGAUAUUUACUUGAAAAUUUAUAGAUGUAUUUUUAUUGCGAUAGAAAGAAGGAGACAAAGUGGAGCAAUUCUAUUCGAUUUUAUGUUUCAUUUUUAUUUGUGUAAUGUCGUCGUCGUGAUGGUGGUGGUGAUUUAAAUGUAAGAGACUAUAUAUGUAUGUAUUUUUCAGUAUCGUAUCUUCUUUUGUUCGUUGUGUCUCUGAUCGAUCUAAUUAAAGUUAAUCAGCUAAAAAAGCCAUACGUCCACACAAAAUGGGAUAUGUCAUUGUUAUUCAUCUCAGUGGAAAGUGUGUCAUCUAUUCUUGGAAGUUGAUGUAAUUUAUAUUGUAAAAUCUCUCUUAUAUACAGACUGAUCAAUAAAACUGAUGAUAUAAUUAAAAAAAUA